AUGGAAUCAAAUCAAUUAAAUAGUCCAUUAAAUAGAAAAAAUAGUAAUGAAGAAGACAUUGAAAUGGAAUCAAAUCAAUUAAAUUGUCAAUUAAACAGAAAAAAUAGUAACGAAGAAGACAUUGAAAUGGAAUUUAGUCCAUUAAAUAAAAAAAAUAGUAAUGAAGAAGACAUUGAAGUUUCUUCUAAUCUUUGCUCAAUAGAAAGCAAAGAAAAUAAAGAUUUUGAACUUUUUUUUGAUUUUGGAGAAAUAGAUGGCAAAAAAUAUGGCCGAACUGAAAUUUCUGGACAUUUUUCACUCAUGAAUUCUUAUAUGAAAUUUGUAGACAUUCAAAAGAUAGACUAUAAAGAAGAAGAAGAUAAGUUAAUUGAUUGGGUCAUUAAAAUUUUGAAGGUUACAGAUGGUCAACGUUUAAGGUGUAUUAAGAAUUUGAAAUUUACCUUACUAUCUAUGCUUACUAAUCCCGAUAUUCCCCCUGAAAAUCUCAAAUUAUGUUCGUAUUCUUUGGUAUAUUCUUUUCUUCUUAAUGAUAUUAUGGAAAAUUUAAAUCGUACAAAACAAUAUGAAAUGAAAAAGGAGAUAGCUCGUAUCCUUAUAUUAGUUAUUGAGAGAAAUUUUACAAGUUUGAAUGGAAUGCCAAUAUUAAAUAAUCCCCUUUUACAACCUCUAUGUAAGGCUAUUAUGGAAAUGCAUCAAGAAGUUAUCAAAAAUGAUAUAAAUUUAUAUUAUUAUAUAAGUGGAAUGACUAAUCACGUAAAUGCUCAAAUAAAUAAAACACUAUAUUAUAACAAAAUUGAUGAUGAAAUAAUUAAAGAUAAAUAUAAGUUCAUGCAAACUUAUAGUAUUUUCACCUCUGUCUGGCUCGAAAUUAAUCUUAUUAUCCGAGGUAUUUCGCUCUCUGAAGAGAUUAGAGAACAUCCUUUUUAUAAACAAAUUUGUUACGAGUCUUUUUUACAUACGGCAUUGAUUAACGAUAUUAUCUUCUUAAAAAAGAAAAUCGAUGAUGAGCAAAUUGAUAAUUUAGUACUUAUCAAAUGCAAAAAGCAUUCCCUUUGGAAAUCAAUCCAAAAAGUAGUGAAAGAAAUAAAUGACUUAAUUAUUGCUAUUAGAGAUACAACCUCAAAAUUAAGUAAAUAUUUUUUUCAUGAUCAUAAUUUUAAUAUUUUUAUAAAAAUUAUUGAAUUUAUCUUGGAUGCAAAUGUAUGUUGGAACGUACGUGUACAGAGUCAAAUAUAUAAAUCGGAGAAUUCUCAAUCAACCAAACAAGAAGCAAAAAUGCCAGCAGUAGAGAAAAGUUUUUUAAUGAAUAUGAAUAAGAGUCCUAUUGAAAAUGCUGUGUUCUUUUUUGAAUACACAGGCAGUAUAUUGGGUUUUCAGAGCCUAAUAGGAAAGUCACGUAAACUUUUGAAUCCCACCCACAUCCCAUAUUUGGAGCUUUAUUCUACUUCAAUAAUUGUUGAUUUAUUAAAAGGGACCCAAAUACAUCCAAGAUUGCUAAAUCAUUUACAGAAAUUUUUAGCAAAAGAAUGUAAAUUAGAAAAUUAUAAGUUAUUCAAAGAAAAAGGAAAAAUACAAGACGAAUUAUCACUAGAAUAUUUCUUAUCAUACCUAUGUAAUCUUAAAACUUAUAAUUUCUUUGGACUAAAAGGAAUAAUACAAGACGAUGUGAAUACUACAGCUCUUUGUGCAUCAGUCCUGUUUGGAGUCCUUGGUGAAAACCAAGUUAAAGCAAUUGCUAAACAAAUCCUUCAAAAUGUUAAUGAAGAAGGUAUUAUUGAAACUUAUUUCCCUCCUAGAAAAGGAAGGGAAAAUCGGAUUGACCCAACUGUAUGCGCAAGUGCUAUGCGUUUAAUAUAUAAGGUAGGAUAUGAUAAGGAUGCAAAGAAAACUGAGAACUACCUUUAUUAUACGUUAGCAACUAAGUCUUAUCUUGAAGGAUCAAAAUAUUUUCCUUCUCCAGAUACAUUUCUAUAUUAUCUAUAUAAAGCUAUUAUACUUUCUAAAGAUGCAUUAAAUAAAUUUGGCGCGUUACUUGCUGUAAAUGUCAUAGAUCGUUUAGGUACAACUAAUUAUCCUUUAGACUUAGCUAUGCGAAUCUUAAUUGUCGAGGGACUAGGAUUACUUAAACAUGAGCAUAUGCCUGAAAUAAUUAAUAAAGAAAAACAGACACUUGAAAAAUUACAACAAAAAGAUGGCUCUUGGCCUAUAGAUGCUCUUUACAAGACAGGACGCUCUGAGAUUUAUUUUGGAAGCAGAGAAAUUAGUACAGCUUUCUCAUUAAAGGUCUUGUAUGUCAUGAAACACGCGGAUCUAAUACCGCACAAACCUUUCCUAUGUGAUAUCUGCCAGAUAAUAAAAGAAAAGAAAGAUAAGGCGCCUAUUUCAAAUGGGAAUUAA